AGAAACUCUUAUCAUUGGCCAUAAUUGUUUUUGAUGACGAAACAAGACGAGAGCCUUGUAGAUAAUAUCAUUGCUGCCGAGUCGAGGCUAUUGCAACUUCGAGCCAAUAACGAACUUCUAAUUAGACGUACACCACUAGAUCUUUCUCAUCCUCUGAGCAAGGAACUCGGAGCGCAGGUGUUUCUGAAACUGGAGUCGGAACAAGUUACUGGUACCUUCAAAGUUCGUGGUGCCUUCAAUAAGCUGUUAAAUCUUCAUCCACUUCAUAGUCAUUCACCGGUUGUAACGGCUUCGACUGGAAAUCAUGGUGCUGCCGUGGCACACGCAGGCUCAGUAUUGAAGAUUCCUAUUUGUAUAUUUCUUCCUCGAAAUGUACAGUCGACCAAAGUUGAUAAAUUGUCCAAUUAUGAUGUGGAACUCCGGUAUGAAGGAAAUGACUGUUUAGAAGCAGAAUUGACUGCCAAGCGCUAUGCCGAAGAACGACAAGGGAUCUAUAUAUCUCCAUACAAUGAUUGGGAUAUUGUUGCUGGUCAAGGCACUAUCGCACCAGAAAUUUGUCAACAACUGGGAAGCAGCGUAGAUAUUAUUUAUGUAACGGUUGGUGGUGGUGGUCUCAUUGGUGGAAUGGCUGCCUAUUUGAAAGCCAUUUUUCCACAUUGUCUAGUCAUUGGUUGUCUUCCUGAAAAUUCUCCUGUGAUGUAUCGUUGUGUACAAGCUGGUGAAAUCAUCGAGUAUCCAUGUAGCGAUACUUUAUCGGAUGCAAGUGCUGGUGGUGUAGAGCCCGGUUCGAUAACUUUUUCUCUUUGUCAGCAAUACGUGGAUGAUUAUGUAUUGGUCAAUGAAGAAGAGAUAAGUGAAAACAUUCGUUAUAUGGUAGACAAGCAUAAGAAGAUAGUGGAAGGAGCAGCAGCUGUCGCUAUUGCAGCGUGUCGCAAAGAUCGUCAGCGUCAGAUGUCUUUGAACAAGUCCAAAUUGAACAUAGUUGUCGUUGUUUGUGGUUCCAAUAUCGGUUAUGAGACACUCAAGAAAUGUUUAUGAGUUAUAGUUCAUUUUCCAUUUCCAUAUAAAUAUUUCCUUUUACAUCCUUUUCAGUGGAAGUUGCAAUCGAUUCAUAACAACUUGCAACAGCUUUCAUUCAUUCAUUCGGGAAAGAGAGGACCAAGGGCUUCUCUUAUGGGAAAUGAUAACUUGCAAAAGAAACAACAGAAAAGUGUG